CUCGGCUGUAGAACCGCUUAGGUUGUCAACAGAUAAGGGGACUGAAACAAGGACCAGAGUGCCCGCGGGCAGAGUACCUCCAGAGCCAAUCGUGCCCAAAGUUUGGUCGCUAUCGUGUGUCGGCAGUGAAGUACAGACAUGGCGUCCAAGGCUGUGUUUGUGCUGGUGUGCUUAGUUGCAACUUGCAAGCUGACGAUCGUUCUGGGAGCAGACUCCGGCACAUGUGACGUAAACAUUAACAAACCACGUACACCAGCGUUUGAGAAAAACCUUAAGGACGUAGCAGUUGAAGCUGCCAAGCCAGACUACUGGAGGAAGCAGGCCAGGGAAACCAUGAAGAAUGCCAUCAAGCUUGGGGAAAACCUGAACAAAAACACAGCCAAGAGCAUCGUCCUGUUCAUCGGGGACGGCAUGAGCAUACCGACCGCAGUCGGAGCCAGGAUCCUGAAGGGGCAGAAGAACGAUAUGCCCGGGGAAGAGGGCUUCCUGUCCUUUGAGAAGUUCCCAUACGUCGGAAUGUCUAAGACCUACAACGUGGACAUGCAAGUGCCGGACUGUGCCAGCACGGCAACGGCCAUCUUGACCGGCGUGAAAACGAAGAGCCGGGUGGUUAGGUCUGAGCGGCGCUGCGGUGCCCGGGGACUGCUCCUCGGCAGCAGGUGCAGUUGGAGCACCGGUAUUGUGACAACUGACGCCAUAGUGGGCAACACGCCAGCGGCCGCCUACGCUCACAGCCCCAACGCCGAAUGGAAACUAGAAUCGCCCACUGGUUGUGCCGUGGACGACAUCGCCAAACAGUUCGUGGGUGAUGGCGUAGAAAUUGACGUUGCUCUGGGAGGUGGUAGGUAUUACUUCAUGAUGGAUGACCAGCCAGACCCGGCCGACUCUGGCGUCACAGGAGGUCGCAGAGAUGCUGACCUCAUCGAGGCUUGGAAGACAAAGUACGGCAAACUAGGGAGUAUGGCUUACGUCACCGACAAGGCAGCCCUGCAGUCUCUCAGUACAUCCACUGAUUACGUGCUCGGGCUUUUCAGCAGGCUAGACAUGUCUUACAACGAGGGCCGGUCGGUGAAAGAACCCAGCCUCUCCGAGAUGGUGGAAAAAGCACUCCAGCUACUCCAAAACAAAAAUCAAAACUACCUCCUUCUGGUAGAAGGAGCGCAUAUCGACACCGGUCAUCGCCAGAACAAAGUGGGGCGUGCUCUUCAUGAAACCCUUGCUAUGGACAAGGCCGUCGAGAAGGUCGUGUCUAUGACAAGCGACCUGGACACCAUGGUCAUUGUCACAGCCGACCAUGGCCAUACCAUGACCAUGGCUGGGUACCCCUGCAGAGGUCAAAACGUUCUGGGGAAGGUGUACGCAAAAGAAGAGUUUGCGCAGCUCAGUGACGGCAGAUCGUACACUACGUUCGGAUACGCGAAUGGCCCGUCAGCCGUAGAAGUACAAAAAAGCUUCGUAGAAAAAGGUGGUCGACCCAUCAUCGAUGACAUUGACACAGAGGAUCUGGACUACCAGGCCCAGUCUCUGGUCCCCUUAGCUGAAGAGACAAACGGUGGGGAGGACGUGCAGAUUUUCGCCAGCGGUCCGCACGCUCACCUGGCCCAAGGUGUUCACGAACAGAGCUACAUCAACACGCUGAUGACGUACGGCGCCUGCCUGGGAAGAUACAAGACACGUACGGGAUGCUAGAUCUGAUAUCGGCUAAUAUCCAACACGAUUAGAGGCUGAUUUUCCAAAUUAACUCCGAGUCCAGCUUCAGUAUCAUAAUUAUCUGCACUAAUAAAAAUUCAGGCCGCAUUUACAGAACGGGACAUUAAUUUGUGUUGAGGAACAUGGGUCUCUUCUGAAACCAAACCGGUUACGAAGCCAAAAUUUGGAAAACGAUUUUAUCAUCAGCCGUGUUAAACACAGUAGUUUCAAAAUGUCAAUUCUACAUUCACGAAUGUACAUAUCACGAAUCAAACAGGAAAACAUCUAUCGAAUUGAAGCCUUCAAGGUUGAUGAGACCAAUAUCUCUUCCCAAGCACAUUAAGAUACGCGUUUUACACCAAUUAUGCAGCUUCACUGUUGUAUUCCUUAGAGAACAUUUGUUAUACAGUUGCAAAUUUUUUACAGCACUACAAUCAUAACCUGUGAAAACCCCCAUCGUGAAAAGUUGGAUUUUGUAUUUAUGUUCGAUGAAGUUAAUGAUGUUCUUGACCUUGGAUUUAUCAGUGUAUUUAACUUUGGAAGGUAAAAUUAUUACAGGAUUUAAGUCAAAGUGUAAAAACUUCGUGGGUGUGGUUAAAAACUGUUUAACCCAUAGCCAUUUUUAAAAACUUAAUUUGUAAUGCGCUACUGUUAAUAUCAUGAACUGGACAUUAAAAUGUCAGCAAUCACCACUCCUAUCAUGCAGUCGGUUUG